UUCUCUCCUUCCUUUGCACCUUCCAACAUUCUCUUCAGCUCAAAUCCUCUGGUUAUGGCGUCUCUGGUCUCAGACACUGAACCUCCGACUUACUUAAACUCAAGCCCUACAGAUCUCGUUCGAAGAAAGAAGAGACAAUCCGCUUCCUCCUCCGCCGCAUCGUCUCGGAGAAACAACGCAGCUUCCGCAACCGCCGGAGACGGCGAUAGCCACGCGCCAUGGAGAUCGGAGAAGCAGCAGCGUAGCUACUCCGCCAACCUGAUCCAGGCGCUGCAACAGGUCCGCCUCAGCUCCUCCGCCGCCGAAACACCAUAUCCGACGGCGCAGAAGCGAGGGAAAGCCUUCCGGGAAGCCGCCGAUCGCGCUCUCGCCGUCUCCGCUCGCGGGAGGACGCUCUGGAGCAGAGCGAUCCUCUUUAACCGGUUCAAGCUCAAAUUUCGCAAACAGAAGCGGCCGCGACCGGCGGCGAUCCCGGCCGUGAUCACGAGGGGAAGUAGCAGCAGCAGCAGCGGCAGAGGAACGAAGAAACGGAGAGUGACGGUUGUGAAACUGAAUAAGAAGAGUAUACCGACGGUUAACCGGAAAGUACGUGUACUCGGCAGGUUAGUUCCGGGUUGCAAGAAAGAAUCAGUACCGGUGAUUCUAGAAGAAGCAACGGAUUACAUCCAGGCUUUGGAGAUGCAAGUCAGAGCCAUGAAGUCUCUAGCUGAGCUUCUCUCCGGCUCAGGCUCAGGCUCGGCUCCUCCACCGAUUUGAUGAGGUUUAAAUCGUCAUUUUCAAGUUCGGCCAUCUCUGUGUCCUCUCUGUGUACACCAAAACACUUUUCAUUAUUAAUAUAUAAAUAUAAUACGUUUGAGUGUAAUCUGUGUAAGUACUCUUGA